AUGGGCUCCAACUACCCGCGGUCUGUGCGCUGCUGCCUGCCCCUGUGCGUCUUGACGUUGGAGGCAGCUUUCAUUCUCAUCUUCGCCUUUUUCACCUCCUAUGACACUUCGCCAAAGGAUAAGAAGCUCUUGGGGACCUAUCAAGCCCUCCAGGAUUUUACCAUCAUGGCGGCCCUUGGCUUGGGCUUCCUCACUUCAUACUUGCGGAGACAUGGCUGGAGCAGUGUGGCCUUCAACCUCUUCACGCUGGCCCUUGGUGUGCAGUGGGCAGUCCUGCUGGAUGGCUUCCUGAGCCAACCCUUUCACGGGAAGGUGACCAUCAAACUGUCCAGUAUCCGAUUGGCCACCAUGAGUGCCAUGUCAGUGCUGAUCUCAGCAGGUGCUGUCCUGGGGAGGGCCAACUUGGUGCAACUGGCAGUAAUGGCGCUGGUGGAGGUGACAGCCUUUGGUGCCGUGAGGUUGACCUACAAGCAAGUCUUCAAAAUGGAUGACCACAGAAGCAUGACGCACAUCCAUGUGUUUGCAGCCUAUUUUGGACUGACUUCGGCUUGGUGCCUCUCAAGCUCUCUUCCCAAGGAAGCAAAGAAGGAAGUGCAGGCAGAGAAAGUUCAGAUGGCCACGAGCCCCAGUCUGUUUGCCAUGCUGGGGACCCUGUUCUUGUGGAUGUUCUGGCCAAGUUUCAACUCUGCUCUGCUGGACCUUCCAAAUGAAAAAAAGAAUGCUGUGUUCAACACCUACUACGCCCUUGCGGUCAGCACAGUGACAGCCACCUCGGUGUCAGCCUUGAAUCACCACCAAGGGAAGAUCAACGUGACUGAUAUCCACAAUGCGGUACUGGCAGGAGGUGUGGCUGUGGGUGCCUCAUGUCAUCUGAUUUCCUCUCCUUGGAUUGCUAUGGUGCUGGGCCUUUUGGCUGGGCUGAUCUCCAUCGGGGGAGCCAGAUGCCUGUCGGUGUGUUUUAACCACGUGCUGGAGAUUCAGGACCCCAGUGGCGUGCACUACACUUUUGGCUUGCCAGGUCUGCUGGGAGGGUUCAGUUACAUUGUGCUGAUAGUGCUUGAAGCCUCCGGAAACCCUGGGACUGGCUUCAUGAUGCUCAUGGACACUGGGGCUCUCAGCUUUGCUUUGGCGAUGGGUCUGGUCUCUGGUCUCCUAACAGGUUUUCUCCUAAAGCUCAAAAUAUGGAAAGCACCUCGUGCGGCUAAAUAUUUUGAUGAUCAAGCUUUCUGGGAGUUUCCUCACUUGGCUGUUGGAUUUUAAGCAAAAGCAUCCAAAAAUAACAAAGCUACUGAUCUUGGAAACACAACUUCCUUUCCCCGCUGCCCGCCUGUUUGUAUGACACUCAUUAUAGCAGUCUCUAUGUACAAAGAAACAGAGUCAGAUGGACUUGAUAUUUUAAAAAGAUUACCAAUUUAAGUGGCAAUUUAAUAAUGUUAAAUAAUGUUUGGUUUUAUUAAAGA